GGAAGGCGGGGCUUGCGUUGCCAGAGUAACCAGAUCAUUGGUUGUGUUGUCGUCUUCCUGUGUACAGAUGUCUAUUUCCUGUGCUGAGACCCACAAACUAUGCUUGCAGGCCCAUAUCGACGUGGUGCUGUCUCAACACUAACCUGGAUCUGAAUCUCUCUGAAUGCUGGAGUCUGUUCUCCCAAGCGGUGGAGUUCUGUCUUGCAUCUCCUACAGGACCGCUUAGUAAUAGGUGUCUGCUGGCUCAGCUUCUAGUUCAUUUCAUACUUUCCAGAUCACUGUGUUUUAGCAGCAGCUGGCGUUGCAUCCGCGGGCAGUAUGAUAGCUGGUCAUCAGGGAAGAGGUUCCAGUUUGGUUUCUCCAUAUCUUGCACCCAAGAAUCAGAGUGAGAGAUUCGCUUUCAUUGCAGAGUGGUACGAUCCAAAUGCUUCCCUGCUCCGACGCUAUGAGCUUCUGUUUUAUCCCGUAGACAGAUCUGUUGAAAUGCAUGAUGUAAAGAAUCGUCGCACCUUCUUAAAGCGGACCAAGUAUGAGGACUUGCGCCUGGAAGAUUUAUUUAUAGGCAACAAAGUCAGUGUGUUUUCUCGCCAGCUGGUGUUGAUUGACUACGGGGACCAAUACACUGCCCGGCAGCUGGGCAGUAGGAAGGAGAAAACUUUAGCCCUGAUCAAACCAGAUGCAGUGUCAAAGGCCGGAGAAAUCAUUGAGAUGAUAAACAAAAGUGGAUUUACUAUAACCAAACUCCGAAUGAUGACACUGUCAAGGAAAGAAGCAACAGAUUUUCACGUAGACCAUCACUCAAGGCCUUUUUAUAACGAACUGAUCCAGUUUAUCACAAGUGGGCCUGUGAUUGCCAUGGAGAUCUUAAGAGAUGACGCGAUAAGUGAGUGGAAGAGGUUGCUUGGACCGGCAAACUCUGGGCUUUCUCGGACAGAUGCCCCCGGAAGCAUCCGAGCUCUCUUUGGGACAGAUGGCAUAAGAAAUGCAGCCCACGGCCCUGAUACUUUCGCAUCUGCUGCCAGAGAGAUGGAAUUGUUUUUCCCUUCAAGUGGAGGCUGUGGGCCAGCGAACACUGCUAAGUUUACCAAUUGCACCUGUUGCAUCAUUAAGCCCCAUGCGAUCAGUGAAGGAAUGCUGGGAAAGAUUUUAAUAGCUAUUCGAGAUGCAUGCUUUGGAAUAUCAGCAAUACAGAUGUUCAAUUUGGAUCGGGCUAAUGUUGAAGAAUUCUAUGAAGUCUAUAAAGGUGUAGUGUCUGAGUAUAACGAUAUGGUGACAGAGCUGUGCUCUGGCCCUUGCGUAGCAGUAGAAAUCCAACAGAGCAACCCUACAAAGACAUUUCGAGAGUUCUGCGGACCUUCUGAUCCCGAAAUCGCCCGGCAUUUACGACCUGAGACCCUCAGGGCAGUUUUUGGCAAAACUAAGGUUCAAAAUGCUGUUCAUUGCACAGACCUGCCAGAGGAUGGGCUCCUGGAGGUCCAGUAUUUCUUCAAGAUCUUGGAUAACUAGCUGUACAGAGUAAAGACGACACAGACUGAGACGCUCAGACAAGUGAGUCACACACAUGAGGAAUGUGUUCAUUCUUUUAUUGUCCGUUGUGUUAACCUGACUGACACAAGAUCAACAAGAGCACUGUACUCCUGGCAAUUAUUACAUAUGCUAGAACAUGGAUUUGCACUGUAGACAACAUUUAACACCAGUCUAUGGGGUACUGCAUUGCUUUUUAUAAAGUUCAAAAUAAAGAUUUUAUUUUCAAACAA